UCUGCAUUUGUUGUCAGAUUUGCGUAUCAGGACCAUCGAAUUCGUUUUGGACAGAACAAAGAUACCGGCUUGAUACAUGUAAGUCUUAAAAAGUCAGAUCUCUCUCUCUGUCGAUGGAUAUUCCAUCGAUACUCACAUUUUGAGUUGGCACCAUGUAUUCCGAACUAACUUUGAAGCCACCUGAGCUCGCAACGGAGAUUUCAUCAAAUAUUAAAUGCCUUCCCUUAGAGCUAAGUCAAAUGAUAUGGAAAUCAACAUUAACCGUCAACCGAAUUAUAACUAUCCGCUGGGGGCACACCAGCCAUCGCGACCUGGGCAGACGUUGCCUUGCUAAAGAUUUGCACGCAUCCUAUGAGAGAGUCGAAGCCCUCACGGUAUCUUCUCAGUCACGCGCAAUUGCACAAAGUGAGUAUAGAUUAUGCUUCGGCAAUGAUAUGCGGAACCCAAUAUUCUUCAAUUCCGAGCGAGAUAUUCUAAAGUUCACCAGCCUAACAUUUACGCAAAUUGUCCACUACCCUAAAAAUAAUGUCUGGAGUAACUCCAGCAUUCGAGCUGCUAAUGUCAAGCGGAUCGCGAUCGGUAUGGAGAACGACCCAAAUAUGGCAUUGUAUACAAGCACCUCAUUGGAAUUGAACUUGUUGAGAUGGGCUACUUUGAGGUUUUGUACCCUGGAACAAAUAUUCAUUCAGCCAGUCUUUGCAUUCGAUUCGUUUUGUGAGACCGUAUUCCGCGCUCGAUUUCAAGAAGUUAUGCGAGAUUAUCAGGAGCUCUUUGAACCACUCAGGCAUUUACAGGAGUACAGAAUUCCCGAAAUAUUCUUGGUUUGCCUUCAGUGCGAUCCAAAUCUCUCGAAAGCAGUGCGGCGUUGAGGACAUGUGCCGUGGAUAUAUCAAGGUUGCUAGCUGGCAUGGAGGGACUAGUUUGUUGAGAAGUCAUUUUAUAUGGAAGUCCAAAGUGUCAUUUAGUAUUUGAGGAUGGGGUCCAUUCUGAUAC